CCGCUUCUCCACAUCGAGGCCGAGAGAUGGCUGCCCCUCUUCGACAUCGAAGCUUUUCCAUGGCUCGUCUUCGAUCCCUCCGCCCUGAUCUUGCCUCGUUGAUGAGAUCCUUCGCUUCCGAUGCCCUCGUUGAACUGAAGCCCGGCGAGAUCGGCAUGGUCUCUGGCAUCCCCCAAGAGCACCUUCGUCGCAAGGUGAUGAUUUAUUCACCAGCUCGAACUGCAACUCAGCAAGGUUCUGGAAAAGUUGGAAGAUGGAAAAUCAAUUUUAUGUCAACACAGAAAUGGGAGAAUCCAUUGAUGGGCUGGACAUCCACUGGGGAUCCUUAUGCUAAUGUAGGGGAUUCUGCACUUAGUUUUGACAGUGCAGAGGCUGCAGCAGCGUUUGCUGAAAAGCAUGGAUGGGAUUUUGUGGUUAGGAAGCGUCACACUCCUGUUUUGAAGGUGAAAGCUUAUGCAGACAAUUUCAAGUGGAAGGGCCCCCCAAAAUCAGAAGAAAAUUAGAUCUGUCCAUCCAUUUUCAAGCAUUUUUUUCUGCUCCCAUGAAAACAUCAAGUCUAAAAGUUGCUUAACAUGUUCAAUAAAAUAAAAAGAACUUAAUUUGUACCAGAAACAUUACCAUAUACUAUUCCAUGAUAUCCGCAUACC